GAAUCGAUAAUCAGUUUCGCGCGGUACGAAUUUCUAAUAAAACCAAAAAAUAUGGAUAAAUCGAGUCUCUGCUUGCUGGCUCUCGGCGUACUGGCGAUUGUCAUCGCCGAGGAAAUGUAUUCGGACAUGUUCGAUCACAUCAAUCCCGAUGAUAUCUUGCCCAACGAUGAGCUACGAGAUCAGUAUUAUAACUGCUUUAUGGAUACUGGCCCAUGCGUAACAGAGGAUCAGAAAUAUUUCAAGCAGCAUGCUGCCGAGGCAUUCGCGACAAAAUGUCGAAAAUGCACGGAAACGCAAAAGAAGAACGUGGAGAAGAUAGUCGUGUGGUACACCGAGAAUCGUCCUCAGGAGUGGCAGGCGAUGGUGCAAAAACUCAUGGACGACGCGAAGAAGUUGAACAUCCCUUUUACUCGUUGAAACCUAUUGACUGGACGGAUCCUGACAUAUUAGCGCAUAUUUCGAUCUUGUACAUUUAAUUACCUAUAAGUGAACAAAAAAUUAAGAGAAGAGCUAUCUUGCAUCAUGUGUAGUUUUCGAGGUUUACAUAGCUGUAAUAUAUGAUACGAGCACACGUAGGCGAAAGCAAAAUGCAGUUUAGCAGUGUACACGCACAAUUUUAACCGACAAUAAAAGCCACUUGGUGAAAAUUGGA